AUGUUUGGGUGUGCUUUUAUAACUAAUGAAACUACAGAAACUUUCGAAUGGGUACUUGAAUCUUUCAAAAAGUCUAUGGCUGGAGCAGAACCAAAGACAAUUUUCACUGAUCAAGAUCAAGUAAUGAGCAAUGCAAUUACAAAGGCUGCUGAAAUUUUCACUUUGAACAUUUUUAAAGACUUUGAAGAGGAAUAUGACACAAGUAUGAGAUCAUAUAUUCGAGAUGUGUCAAAUGAAAUGACAGUUGGUCUAAAGAUAUUUGAAGUGUCUUUGCAUGAAGUGUUCAAACACAGCCAUAGUGUGUUUUACAAUGACAGGUUGAAGGAAUUUGCUUGUUCCUGUUUAUGUUUCAAUGAAACAGGAAUAAUUUGCUAUCAUAUAUUAAGGGUAAUGCAUAUGCAUAAUGUGUUCAUCAUUCCUCCAAGAUAUAUUAUGAAAAGAUGGACAAAAGCUGCAAAAUCUUCAAAUUGGGAAGACAGAGAAGGAAGUGUGCAAGAAGUUGGAGAAGAAAAUACAAUGCUAAAUACUUCAUGGAGACACACUAUUGCAAGAAAUUUUUACAAUUUAGUAUGCAUUUGUCAAACUAACACUGAUGUUAAAAAAGUGUGUGAUGAGUCUCUUGACAAGAUGUAUCAGGCAGUAAAGAAAGCGUUUCAAUCCGAUGAGGAGAAGAUUAAAGAAAUUAAUGAAGAAGAAGAAAGAAGAAAAACAGUACCUGAUCCUUUACAACCAAAAACCAAAGGAAGGCCACCUGGAAGAAACAAGAGAAUUAGAGGUCACUUUGAGAAGAGAAAGACAACUACUAGACAUGUUAAUGAAUUUGGAACAAAACUCCAAAUCCACAACUAA